GAUAAGAAGUAGGUAAUGUGUGGCUCCCUGAGGGAAGAGAUCCAACCUGGUAACAUUGUUGUCAUCUACCAGUUCAUUGACAGGACCACCAAAAGAGCUCAGACCUUCUAUGAUGGAAGUCAUUCCUGUGCCAGAGGAGUUUGCCAUAUUCCAGUGGCUGAACCAUUCUGCCCCAAAACAAGAGAGGUCCUUAUAGAGACAGCUAAGAAGCUAGGACUCUGGUGCCACUCAAAAGGGACAAUGGUCACAAUUGAGGGACCUCGUUUCAGCUCCCGGGCAGAAAGCUUCAUGUUUCGCACCUGGGGAGCAGAUGUCAUCAACAUGACCACCAUGCCAGAGGUGGUUCUUGCUAAGGAGGCUGGACUUUGCUAUGCAAGUAUUGCCAUGGCAACUGAUUAUGAUUGCUGGAAAGAGCAUGAAGAAGCGGUGUCAGUGGACCGGGUCUUAAAGACCCUGAAAGAAAAUGCAAAUAAAGCCAAAAGAUUACUCCUUACUACCAUACUUCAGAUAGGAUCCAUGGAAUGGUCAGAAACUCUCCACAACCUGAAGAAUAUGGCCCACUUUUCUGUUUUAUUACCAAGACAUUAAAAUAGCAUGCUUGCUCAGAAGAUAAGAUGACUUUCUAAUCCCA